GUCUGACGGGUCAAGAGGGAGAAGGAGACUAGUGCCGAGUCUGAGGUUAAAGCAUGUCAGAGAAGCUGCUUUUAAUGUCCUCCACGAAUAUGGCAUCGACAGACUGUGUGAAAGCUCCCGGCCUGUCCGCGGGGAAACCAGGAAUAAGGAGGGGAAACUUGAGAAUGAGACUGAGGCUCUUUUUGAAGAUGGGCUUUUCCCAGGCAAAACCCAAAGUGAAGAAGAACAGAUCCUAUAGGCCAACCGCCGAUGACGUGAGCCAAUGGGCGCAGUCGCUUGACAAACUACUCGGUCACAAAUACGGGAAGGCCGCCUUUGCCGUCUUCCUGAAAUCCGAGUUCUGCGAGGAGAACAUCGAGUUUUGGAGCGCCUGCGAGGACUUCAGGGGCAGCGCGUCCAAGAAGGAGCUUUCGGCGAAGGCCAGCAGCAUUUAUGAGGACUUCAUCAAAAGCGCCGCUCCAAAAGAGAUCAACCUCGAUUUUCACACCAAGAACACCAUCGUCCAGAGCCUCGGCGAGCCCGACGUCAGCAGUUUCCUGGCAGCUCAGAAGAAGGUUUACACCCUGAUGGAGAACGACUCCUACCCCAGGUUCAUUAACUCCGACCUCUACAAAGAGCUGUGCGCAGCCGCCAAGAAGAGGGCGAACACGGUAGCGCCUGGUCAGCCCACACUGGCGCUCUGAACUGGCCCGUUUACCGGUGACGGUGUGACUGUACACGCGAUGCCGCUGAGCCAGGCUACGGCUGUGGACGACGGGCCCGUAUGCUAAUCCCUGGCAUAAACACCGCCGGUAAAUUGGCGGGGGCGGAAGCAAAACUUGAAGCCGUCGCGGACUCCCGUGCGGCCUUCCGCGUCUCCCCUCGAGGCCCGCCAGCGGCGUUGGGAUCCUGAAGCUGAAUGUGACAGGACGCCGCCUGCAGCACACGAGGCGUCGCCGCCAGAGGAUCCAGGUCACGUGGUCUUCGGCGACUCACGAUCUGCCCUCUCUUUCCUGUGUUUUACUGUAAACGUGUCACUUUCUGUGGCGUAAUCCGGGGCGGGGUACUUACCCUCAUUGUGUUCGGGACAACAUUGAGCGGUGCUACUUGAUGCCAGCGCUGCAUGACGCACUAUUCUGAAAACUACUCAUUUAUACUGCAGUGUGUGUGUGGGUGUGCAUUUGACUGUAGUUGCACCAACACUUUUUAUUUUUUAUUUUUAUUCAUGCCACGGCAGAGGAAUGUUUUUUUUUUCUUCUUCUUUUUUUGCUGUCACAGCAAAUUUUUGACAUUGAAUGCCGACUUUUCAACAGCGUGGCAGCUUACUUUAUGGUUACGGUUUUCAGCAAGGCGUUGCCUUGUUGCAUGGCAGGAGGUGUAAUAGUUACACAUUUCUGGGCGCCAUGUUGUCGAGUAUUACAUACACGACAUAUUUAAUUGUAAGUAUUGUGAGAUUGUGUGUAUUUAAGUGGAGGGCAGCUGGAUUGCUCUAUAGAAAUACAGUUUUUUUUGGGGUUUUUUUUUUUCCUGACCGCUUCAGCAGUGAUUCUUGAAGCACUACCUGUGAAACGUUUUAUAACACACUUUUUGCAAAACUUUAAACACAACCCACUGAUUUGUACACCCGGUUUGCAAUUAGAUGAGAUUUAGCUUAAUUUUUUUUUUCUUCUAACACAAAUGUUUUUGUUUUCUUCUUCUGCGCUUUUGUUGUUCGAGGAGUAUUUCUUUGGAGAAAAAUGUGAGAAAUUUAUGAGAAAAAAUAAAUUGUAUUGACAGUGUGUUAUGUUCGGAAUACACAGCCAUACUUUACACAUUUGCAUACCUGUGUGUGUGUGUGUGUGUGUGUGUGUGUGUGUUCCCUCAGAAAUAAAGUGACUUAGUUCUUGUGUGUGAAGUGUGGGGUUAACAAAGAGCUGCUAUGAUGCUGUAUGUCUCCAGACACAAGCUAAUAACCUCUUUAUACAACCUACACACACACACACACACACACACACACACACACACACACACACCUAUUUAUUCGUUAGUUGUUUGGAAGUGUGAGCAGAAUUAUUUUAUUGGCUUCAGCAACACUGAUGGAAAUGAAGUCCAUCUGAGAUAGAGACAAACAUCCUCAUCUGAUGUAUUGCUAUUGACUUGUUUUAUUGAUUUAUCUUUAUUGAUCUGUUUGAUAUCACUGAUAGACUUUCACCACCCAAACAUUGUUUCACUGAUUUAUUUAUUUAUUUACUUAUUUUACUUACUCAGUCCCAUUCUGCUUCUCUAUUUCAAAUCUUUUUUAAACUGAACUGAGUUGAGACAGACAGACUGAGAGACAGACAGAUGGAGGCAGAGACAGACAGACAGAUGGAGACAGAGACUGAGAGACAGACAGAUGAAGAGAGUUGGAGAGAAAGACAGAUGGAGAGACAGACAGAGACAGAUCAAGAGACAGACAGAUGGAGCGACAGACAGAUGGAGACAGAGACUGAGAGACAGACAGACUGAUGAAGAGAGUUGGAGAGACAGACAGACUGACAGACUGAUGGAGAGACAGACAGACAGAGAAAGACAGAUGGAGAGACAGACAGACUGAGAGACAGACAUAUGGAGCGACAGACAGACAGACUGAGACAGUGUUUGGUACAUGUAUGACAAAACUGUAUUGCAAACUGCUACGCCCUGCACACAGAAAAAGCAAAAGCCACACGUGUUUUUCGUUUACACCAUCAGUGCUCCAUGUGUGCUCCAUGUGCUUAUGUAAAUGAGGGUUUGUGUGACCGUGUGACGGUGUGUGUGUGUGUGCUGUAUUGACGCAAAAACCAAAUGUGUGACGGUGUGUGUGUGUGCUGUAUUGACGCAAAAACCUUUGUUUGUUUGUUUGAAGAGUUUUGCAAGAGUUUUUUUCCUUUUGCAAGCGAUGUGCAAUGUUUUGCUGGUUUGGCAGCUGCUGGUUAGAUAGCGCCUAAUCAACCAGGGGGAAAAAAGAACUAAAAUGUCUUAUAACGUGUGUUGGUGACACCAAAUAAAGUGAUGUUCUGCUUCCCAGACAA